AAGACAAGUAACAAUGAAUAAUAAAAUGUAUAAUAUUACUGAAAAAAUAAAUUUAUUGGAUAAGAAAAAUAUAACAGAAGAUAUAGAUAAUGAUAAUGAAGAUACAAUAGUUGACAAGGAUGAUAAUAUAUAUGAGUAUCAAGAGGAUUAUGAUAAGAAUAAUGAUUCUGUUAAAAAAUUAUUUUAA